GUGUCCGAGCUCUACGAGAUUGCCCGGUGAAAUCGGCUCCGACGCCUGUUUAAUCUCUGAAGGCGCUUGCCCUUUAAGUUGUUGGGGAGCGGGCAGAUUGCUCCAGUUUUCUUAGGAAAUGCCUUGUCCGUACAGCGACAGGGCCGUGCCCGUUAACUCUUAGAAAAGGAGAAUUUUUUCAUUUGAGCUGAGAGGGGUGUCUUGACCACUAUUUAGAUGGGUGCCGUUUCAUGAUGCAAGUUUGCUCAGGCGACAGGAACUUUUCUGACAAGGGAAGCGGGUGAGGUAGGAAACAGUGAUUGCUGAGUUUGGGCACAGUCAUUCCCGAAGAUCGCACUGGUGUGGCUGACGCUAAGAAAGAGAAUGUCAGUGGUGCAUCAGCUGUCACCAGGAUGGUUACUGGAUCAUCUUUCUUUCAUUAACAAGAUAAACUAUCAAGUUCACCAGCAUCAUGAGCCUUGUUGCAGCAAAAAUGAACCCACUACUUCUGUCCACCUUGAUUCUCUUCAUGUGGAUUCUAUGUCUUCUUUUGGGUCCUCUGCUAAAUUUAUUGCUUCUGACUCUACCACUAAGCCAGAGCAAGAUGAUAGGGGAAAUUGUGAAGCGUUCAUGCAAAAAUACAUUUUUCGAUCUGAACUGUUUGAUAUUAAUAAACCUCAUAUAAUUUCAGCUGUUCACAAGGAAUGCCAAAGUAAUGAAAAGGAAGAUAUAAUGAAUGGUAUUAAAAAAGAAAUCUCCAUUUCUACUCUUAGGAAGAAGCGUAAAAGGUGUCUCACUUUCAAUCAAGGUGAAUUGGAUGCUAUGGAAUAUCAUGAAAAGAUCAGAGGGCUGAUAUUGGAUGGAUCUCGACAGAUAAUCCAAGAAAGUUUAAAAAAUGGCUUUCUUCAUCCGCUUUCUGAAAAACCAAAGUGUAGUGAGCCCAUUGCUUUGCCACUGGAUACCUGCAAUUUGUCAGAAUUAUGUGAAAUGGCAAAGCAUUUGCCUUCUCUGAAUGAAAUGGAACUUCUGACAUUACAAUUGAUGGAAAAUGAUAUGUUUGUUACAGAACAGGAUUUAUUUUUACGGCUUGUUGAAAACAACUCCAGCUUUACAAAAAUCAUUACUUUAAUGGGACAGAAGUAUCUUGUGCCACCAAAAAGCUGUUUUCUUUUGUCUGACAUUUCUUGUAUGCACCCACUUUUGAAUUGUGGGAAAACAUAUGAUGUCAUUGUGAUAGAUCCACCAUGGCAGAACAAAUCUGUUAAGAGAAGCAAUAGGUAUAGUUAUUUAUCACAACUGCAAAUAAAGCAGAUACCUAUUCCUAAACUGGCUGCUCCAAACUGUCUUGUUAUUACUUGGGUGACUAACAGACAGACACACCUACGUUUUGUAAAGGAAGAACUUUAUCCUUCCUGGUCGGUGGAGACAGUUGCUGAGUGGCACUGGUUAAAAAUAACCAAUUCAGGAGAGUUUGUAUUCCCAUUAGAUUCUCCACACAAAAAGCCUUAUGAAUGUCUUAUACUGGGGAGAUUUCAAGAAAAAACUGCUUUACCAUUAAGGAAUGUGCUUCCUAUUCCAGAUCACAAGUUAAUUGUCAGUGUGCCCUGUACUCUUCAUUCACAUAAGCCACCUCUUACUGAGGUUUUAAAAGACUAUAUCAAGCCAGAUGGGGAAUGUUUAGAAUUGUUCGCUCGAAAUUUACAGCCGGGUUGGACUAGUUGGGGCAAUGAAGUUCUCAAAUUUCAACACGUGGAUUAUUUUAUUGCCCUGGAGCCUAGAAGCUGACAUGGACAGUGGUGGGCGUGGACAAUGGGGGAGGAUUGACUGUGGGAGGUUUGCGGGGCAGGGUAGGGGUGA